AUAGGCUCACUAGAUCUAGUCUCUCUUCCGCUCUUCGCCUCAUCUCGCCGUUCCGCCUCCGCCACCGGCUACCGGCCACCGCCAGUCACAAGACCACCUAUCCAGUCCGGCAAUCGCAGCAGCCCUCCACAGUCGCAGCCGCGAGCAGCCCUCCACGGUUGCCGACUUGCCGUUCGCCCCUCACUUCCUCAGCACUUCAGCAUUCAUCUCGAAGUUUCAAAGCUAUGGAAACUUCAAUAGUUGCAGCAACCGAUAGCAAUCAACCUUCAGGUUCGGAUUCGAAUAGUGAAGUGAAAAAGAGGAGUUGGGAGCAGAGGGAAGCUCUACCUGAUGAACCUAAAUGUGUUAUAUGUGGUCGUUAUGGUGAAUAUAUAUGUGAUGAAACUGAAGAUGAUAUUUGUAGUCUUGAAUGUAAAACGAUUCUUUUAUCCCGGAUCGAAAAAUCUCGAAAGCCAACUCCCUGCCCGCCUCUAGUAAGAUUUCCAGCUAUUGAUGAUUGUUAUUAUGUUCGGGAUGAUGAUAAAAAAUCUGAAUCUAAAUCCCUGGCUAGUGAUCAAGCUGAGUUGUUGCGGAGAAAACUCAAUAUUGUAGUGAAGGGUGACCUUGCUUCACCUCCCAUUAUGUCGUUUGGUUCGUGUGAUAUUCCUCGAAAGCUUCUUGAUAACUUGGAAGCUGCUGGAUAUGAAAUGCCAACUCCUGUGCAAAUGCAAGCCAUCCCGGCUGCUUUAAUGGGCUGGAGCUUGCUUGUUUCGGCAGAGACUGGUUCUGGUAAAACAGGGUCAUUUUUAAUUCCUAUUGUUGCGAAUACUGUGAAAUUGAAUCUAGCUUGUUCUGAGAGGAAACAGAAACCAUUAGCAAUGGUUCUUGCACCCACUAGGGAGCUCUGCAUACAAAUAGAGGAACAUGCUAAGGUGCUAGGGAAAGGUAUGCCUUUCAAAACUGCAUUGGUUGUGGGUGGUGAUGCAAUGGCCCGACAACUCUAUCGUGUUGAACAUGGCGUUUCAUUGAUUGUUGGUACUCCUGGAAGGCUUAUUGAUCUUCUGACAAAACGUGAGAUUGAAUUAGAUAGUAUUUCAAUGUUUGUUAUUGAUGAAGUAGAUUGUAUGCUGCAAAGGGGCUUCCAUGAGCAAGUAAUGCAGAUUUUUAGGGCACUUUCUCAACCUCAGAUAUUGAUGUAUUCUGCUACUAUUUCAAGAGAGGUGGAGAAAAUGGCUAGCUCAAUGGCUAAACAUUUAACUGUUAUAUCAGUUGGGCAGCUGAACAAGCCUAAUGGAGCUGUGAAGCAGCUUGCUAUCUGGGUGGAGUCAAAACAAAAGAAGCAAAAGCUUUUUGAUAUUUUGACGACCAAGCGGCACUAUAAGCCACCAGUUAUAGUAUUUGUGGGUUCUAGACUUGGGGCAGAUCUCCUUUCUGAGGCAAUAACAAUUAGUACUGGACUGAAAGCUGUUUCAAUUCAUGGUGAGAAAUCCAUGAAGGACAGGAGAGAAAUUCUAAGGUCAUUUUUGGUUGGAGAUGUGCCUGUGAUCGUUGCCACUGGAGUGUUGGGUCGAGGAGUUGAUCUCUUGAGUGUAAAACAAGUAAUAGUGUUUGACAUGCCAAAUUCCAUUAAAGAGUAUGUCCAUCAUAUUGGAAGAGCAUCUAGAAUGGGAGAGGAAGGCACAUCAAUUGUAUUCAUAAACGAGGAAAAUAAGAAACUGUUCCCGGAGUUGGUUGAAAUCCUAAAAUCUUCUGGGGCUGCCAUUCCACCUGAGCUUGCUAAUUCAAAGUAUAGUGUUGGAUCUUUCUCUAUUGGCAGGCAUCAGAAGAGAAGGAAGUAUGGAACUUGAAGUAGAUGUAUUUGCUUUAUAUCUUGUACC